GAUGUCAAAGGAAAAUUUUGUGAGGACCACUGUAUACUACAGCACUCUAACCGGAGUUUGUUUGGCAAGAAUGAGUAUUCCAGUGCCUAGCCACUCUGAACAUAUAAAUUUGAUCACUCAAACAUCCAAAUGGAGGACCACAUCAUCAGCUGCUAUCUGAAGUGGCCAGUCUGUGCCCAACUACUGAACUGUUCAGAGCCCACAGAAAGGGCUACGGUAGAGACAUAUAUGGUAUCUCGUAUACACAGGCAUGCCUUAUUUCUUUGUCUUCUACCCCAGUGCUACCUACCUAAAGACCUCUGGUACUCUUCCCUUUCCUGGGAAAGCAAUUCAAUCUUGUUUUCUCUUUUAUUAUUGUAUUCUCUAUUCUACAGUUAUGCCCCAAUAGUAGCCAAAGGAAAAAGGGGGAAGAUGGUAGUUUGACUAAACAAAUACCAGUUCAUACAUUCUUGUUCCAAUAGGAGUUAUGGGAGGAAAAAUUAUUCCAAGCAAUCACACAGGAUCAACUUUUUCUCCUUGUAGAAUAUGUGUCAUCACAUUGGCAGAAUCUCAUCCAGUUCUUCAAAGUGGAAAAACAAUUAAAAGCAUUUCCUAUCAGAUCAGUACCAACUGUAGCAGACUUCAGAACAAGGUCUCUGGGAAAUUUAAGCGGGGGGCACAGUUUCUAACAGAGCUUGCACCUCUCUGUAAGAUUUACUGCUCAGAUGGUGAAGAAUAUACUGUGUCUAGUUGUGUUAGAGGACGUUUGAUGGAAGUGAAUGAAAACAUCCUCCAUAAGCCAUCUAUUCUUCAAGAAAAGCCAUCUACUGAAGGCUACAUUGCAGUUGUGUUGCCCAAAUUUGAAGAAAGUAAAAGCGUAACAGAAGGGUUACUGACACAAAAACAAUAUGAAGAAGUCAUGGUGAAACGCAUUAAUUCCACAACAGCUACGUCAUGAGGAUUGACAUGGAACAAAAAGCAAAGUGGGAUUCUUGUUACCUGGCCUAAACCAUCAGGGUACUAAAGGAGAAGAACCAGUAUAUGUAAAGCAUACCUAACAGCCAGCCAUAUGCAGGGGAGGCCUAGUGCUUCACUUAGUUUUCCCUCUCUGUCUUCAUAAUGAGCCUUGGUUCCCAUUUGUCUACAGCCUGCCAGAUCUGGCCUGCCUAUGUACUCACCCUGUUCUCUUGCAUCUCUCUAACAACUGGCAUGCAAGGCAUGUUUUUCUGAUUAAAACCAAACAAAGCUCUUUGAAGAAGAUUUAGAAAAUACAGAGAAGUUUUAAGUAGCCAAGUAAAAAUAAUUUACCCAUCAUCCCAUAAUCCAGAAGUAAAUAUAUUUGACCCUUGAGCAACAUGGGUUUGAACUGCGAGGGUCCACUUAUGCACGGACUGUUUUCAACUAUAAACGAGUCAAAAAUAUAUCAUUAACCAAACACGAAACCCACUUAUAGAGCAGGUUCAUAUACUCAGGUUCCAAAGGGCCAACUGCAGGACUUGAGUUCUCACAUAUGGAUUUGGGUAUAUGUGGAAGUUCCUGGAACCAAUCCCCUAUGUAAACCAAGGGAUAACUACUACAUUUUAACCUACUUCUGUUUGAACAUAUGGUAUGGUUAUUGCUUUUGCCUCAUUUUCCUAACAGUUUGAAGUUUAAAAAAACCUAACCCGCCUUUCUUACCCAGUCUCCUAUAAUGUGCCUACCAAAAAGCCUAGUCCUGGCCCAUCUGCCUCAACUCCUCUCCCUUUUAGGUUGUAGGGAAGAGGCCGGAGUGUAGAGUAUAUCAUAUCUUCUGUCCCCCUUAUGCCAACAAGAUGGCCUUCCCCUCUGAAACAAAGUAAAACUGCAACACUGUGACUUCUUAAAUGAGGGAUAUGUGAAAAGGCUAUGAAAAAUACAAAGGCUUUCCUAAGAAAUGUGUUACAAUGCAGUGGGAAGCUAAUUCUUGAAAUAUGCACAUUAUAGUUACUCAGUCUCACAUACUCUAGUUACCAGCAAAGAAGUUACUGAGAAUAUGUCAUUCAAAGGCAUAGAGGCCUUUGAAUGGAACAAAUGCUUUCACAUCAUUUAAAGUAAAAAAAAACCUCCAACAACUGUGAAUUUAUAGUUUAAGAGUGAUUUACACUGAAUUUCAAAUAAAAGGACUAUAAAACGUGUUAUUUUUCUGUAAGGGCUAUAACAUACAUUUCAAUAUCACUGUUUUUAAAUAAAAUAUACUUUUAUACAGAAGAAAUCAUUCUAUAUUAAUUCCAUUGGUUAUCUAUCCUCUUAUGCUGUUGAAGUCAUAAGUUACCCCUUCCCAACCCCCACUUGCUCUUUCACUAGAGAACAGUAUUUUUUCAGGUGUGCAAAAAUAUUAUCUAAUGAAAGUACAAGUGGGGGUUGGAAUUUUUAAGUUUUAAUUAUUUACAAAAUAAUACUUAUUUUGUAAAUAAAACAACAUUUUGGUUCAUAGGAAAAACUUGUAAUCUGAGUGCCAGCAUGACUAUCCCCCUAAAUAUACCCCCCAGACAUGAUACGUGUAGUAAGUGGAUAAACACCUCCAUGAUGGUGCUAUUAGCUGAAAAUAUAAACAAACCAGCAGAUCCUCACUUUAAGUAGCACAAUGACUCUUGAAGGCGUCAUAAAACUAAGACAGUAAACAUAGUAAAAGAAUUGUGUAUAACAUUUUACAUAUAACAUUACCUCACAUCAUUCUCCCAUUACUUCUACUGUAAUUUAAAAGAAUACUUUGGUUUCAGAGCAUAAAAAUCAUGCUUAAUGAUUUUGACUGUUUAAGGAAAGAUUUUAAAAAGGUUAUUAACAGAGCUGAGUGCAGCACAUUUUCUCCCGAAGGACUACAGUGAAAAUUUUCCUCAAUAAAAUAUUGACUAGCUGUGGUCAA